ACAAGGUCCGCGCGUGCGCAAAACGCUCUUUCCGAGACUUACUUCGCGCGGCUGGAGAGUCAGAUUGGGCGCCGGGAGGCGGAAAUACGUAAGGGCAGGUUCCGGUGACCGUGGAGACGUCGAAGGCAGCCGAAUGGAGGAGGUGCCUCAGGGCUGUCCCGGAACCGGCAGCGCCCAGGCGGGCCGAGGGGCCUCAUGUCAGGGCUGCCCCAACCAGCGGCUCUGCGCCUCCGGAGCCGGCGCCGCUCCCGACCCAGCCAUAGAAGAAAUCAAAGAGAAAAUGAAGACCGUGAAACACAAAAUCUUGGUGUUAUCUGGGAAAGGUGGUGUUGGAAAAAGCACAUUCAGUGCCCACCUUGCCCAUGGCCUAGCAGAGGAUGAAAACACACAGGUCGCUCUUCUGGACAUUGAUAUAUGUGGGCCAUCAAUUCCCAAGAUAAUGGGACUGGAAGGAGAACAGGUUCACCAGAGUGGCUCGGGCUGGUCUCCAGUGUACGUGGAAGACAACCUGGGGGUGAUGUCAGUGGGUUUCCUACUCAGCAGUCCUGACGAUGCCGUUAUCUGGAGGGGACCAAAGAAAAAUGGCAUGAUCAAGCAGUUCCUUCGUGACGUGGACUGGGGAGAGGUGGACUACCUUAUCGUGGAUACCCCGCCCGGCACGUCGGACGAGCACCUGUCGGCCGUCCAGUACCUGUCGGCGGCACACAUCGAUGGGGCUGUGAUAAUCACCACCCCCCAGGAGGUGUCCCUCCAGGAUGUCCGGAAAGAGAUCAACUUCUGCCACAAGGUGAAGCUGCCCAUCAUCGGAGUGGUAGAGAACAUGAGCGUCUUCAUCUGCCCAAAGUGCAAGAAAGAAACUCAGAUAUUCCCACCAACAACAGGGGGUGCAGAGGUCAUGUGCCAGGAUCUGAAGAUCCCGCUCCUCGGAAAAGUGCCUCUGGAUCCACACAUAGGUAAGAGUUGUGACAAAGGACAGUCUUUUUUGAUGGACGCACCGGAUUCUCCAGCCACUUUUGCCUACAGAAGUAUCAUUCAAAAUGCUGAGCUCUCCUGGCGGCCUGGCGCAAGCCAGCCUGGGACAUGGACCCGGCCCUGAAGAGUCAGACAUGAUCCGUACGCCCUCCACAUCCGGAAUGUCCCCGAAGAUUAUACCCUUGGGGGUCUCUCAUACCCUCUUUUUUUUUUUUUUAAUUUUUAUUAUUUUUUUUAAAGAUUUCAUUUGUUUAUUUGAAAGAAAGACACAGCGAGAGAGGUAACACAAGCAGGGGGAGUGGGAGAGGGAGAAACAGGCUUCCUGCGGAGCAGGGAGCCCGAUGCGGGGCUCGAUCCCAGGAUCCCGGGACCAUGACCAGAGCCGAAGGCAGACGCCCAACAACUGAGCCACCCAGGCGCCCCAAUACCCUCGUUUUUAAAUAAAUGUUUGCUAUUACAUUUUAUUGCCUUUUUUUUUUUGAGAGCGCGCACACAGGGUGGCGGGGUGGGGGGGCACAGGGACAGAAUCUCAAGCAGACUCCCUGCUAAGCGUGGAGCCCAACACGGAGCUGCAUCCCAUGACUCUGAGAUCAAGACCUGAGCCGAAACCCAGAGUAGGGCACUCAAUCGAAUGAGCCACGCAGGCACCCGUUCUCUUAUACCAUUUUAACCUUAAAUCUUCCUGAGGAUCUUUUAACUAAAUGUCUUAAUACAAUCUUGCCUCUUCGCCCUGAACAUGGAGGAGUCCUCUAUACAGUAACCGAAAAUCCUUUGAGGGCAGAAGCCGUGUUUGAGAUCAUUUUAUGUCCCCAAUAGCACCUGGCAUUUAAGUUUCUUGGCCAAUAUUUGUUGCGUCGAGCCUUGAAAUUGGGUCUGUAUUGUAGAAAAGUAUAGACUUGUACGAGACCCACAUGGACACUGUUCCAGAGUAAAACCUGGAAGUUAAUGCAUUCGAAUAAAUCCCCUACCCACCCAAUUUUUUUCGGCUGUGGUUUCCUAAAAUGCAGAGAAAUUCCCAUCGUCGGAAGGUUCUGCUUAGUUGGGUCCCAGUUAAGUGAUGUCCUUAACUUGUAAUGGAAAGUACCAUUACCAUGGCCACUAUCAUUACCCAGACAAAGCCCGAAGUAGAAGAGGUUGCCAAUGGCACUCUAAAGUACUGCUUUCAUCCCGUUUGAUGCAGGCCGUCCUCUGGGCCACCUGCCAAACCCUCCUUCAGUCCACCUCUGGAGUUUGCCCAGCCUGUGGCCCCUGUCAACACUCAAGUGCUCUCAGACCAGUUUCCUGGUUUUGAGAGUUGUGAAGGCCAUGGCUUAUACCUGUCCACCCUUCCCUGCCACGGGGUCCUCCAGCCCCCAGGGCUCUGUCACCUCCGCGGCCACAGAACACACAUGCGCACCGACAGUCACCUCCACCUCCCGAAGCCACUGGCUUCCAACUCCACCCUCCCAGGCACCCAGGAGAGGUAACCAAGCCAGAGGUGCCAGACUGCCAGCGUUCAAGUCCUGGUGCCAACCUCAGAGUAGCUCUGCGGCCCGCCCUCAGCCAUACAACCCGCGGACACCUCAGUCUCCACUUCUGUAAAAUGGGAAUGCUGACAGUGGCCACUUCCUCGCUAUUAAAAGAUCAAGUGGAAAAAAAAAAAAAAAAGAUCAAGUGAAGGUGGCACAUAGAAAGUGCCUGAAACCCAGACCAUGCUCAGGGACCAUGACAAGCUUACCUCAGCCCUCAGUCACUCGAAACUGAUCCACCUCCAAGGAGCCCAACUGCGAAAUUCCCCACUUGACCACAACUUUCUCACUAGCCAGGGGCAGACCUUCACCUCUGCAGGGAUCCCCCAUGUCUCCUGACUUCUCCAUAUUCCCCCGUCCCUCCACUUCACCGAAGAGCCUUUCCCUUUCCUCAGCUUUAACAGUGCUUUCCACUCACCAGGUAGGAAGGAGCCUGCUACUGGAGGUGAGCAGGAGGAGGGGAGGACAGACUAAACGGGAGAGGAGAUUACUUCAAGGGUGGUCAAGGUGGGGAGAGUCUGGCUGGGCUUCGGUUUAAGUUUAAAUCCAUUUUCACAGUCCUGGGCCCCACAACUGCAGUCUUCCUCCUUGGAGAAAACUCAGAAGGUUCUCAGCUUGGAAUGCGCAUGAAAGCCAACUGAGGAAACUUUAGGAGGUGCACAAGGCCACCCCUCCCAGGGCAUGUGGGGUCAGACCUGGAGUGCGGCCCAAAGCUGGAUUUUGCAAAGAAAAAGCCCUGCUCUACACUGGAUUCAUAAACUCUGGCCCCGGAGCCCAAUCUGGCCCACUUCCUGUUUCUGUAAGUAAAGUUUUAUUGGAACAUAGCCAUACUUAUUCAUCCGGUAGCCUGCAGUCGAAAAUAUUUACCCAGAAAUUGUGCCAACCUUUCUGCUCCAGACCAGCAUGAACAAUGAGGAAAUUAGGUGCUGUUCAAAACAAACCAAAAUAAAGCAUACUGCUAUUAAUGGCCCCAACCCCCCCCCCCC